UGUUUACAUCACUGUUCCAGAAAGAUCAGUAGGAGCGUGUCUGGUUGGCGCAGACUGACAGAGAGGUGGGUAUAUAAAAGAGAACUCGGUGGACAGGCGGUACUCUCCCCCCGCAGGGCAACAGUGCAGCCUCCGGUCCUCUAUUUGGGUCAGCCGCCAUGGACAUCGCCAUCCAGCACCCCUGGUUCCGCCGCUCCAUGUUCCCCUCGUACUUCACCCCCCGGAUCUUCGACCAGCACUUUGGGGAGCCCAUAUCGGACACCGAGCUGUACGCACCCUUUCCCUCCUUCUACUACCCCCGGCUGCCCCUCCCCCGCCUGCCCAGCUGGGUGGAGAGCGGGCACUCAGAGAUGCGGAUGGAUAAGGAUCAGUACACCAUCAACCUGGAUGUCAAGCAUUUUUCCCCUGAGGAGCUGACGGUCAAGAUCAACGGGGAGUUCAUUGAGAUUCAUGGAAAGUACGAGGACCGCCAGGAUACCCACGGCUUUGUGUCUCGGGAGUUCCUCAGGAAGUACAAGCUGCCAGCAGGGGUGGAUCCGGGCACGGUCACUUCCUCCCUGUCCUCUGACAGCAUGCUGACCGUCAUCGCGCCUCACAAGCUGGCGAACGUCCCAGAACGCAUCAUCCCUAUCACCCGCGACAACAAGCCUGCUGUAUCAGCAGCCCAGAAAGAGUAGCGCUACUGGCCCCGCCCCUAACCUAACCCCCAACAACAUACAUGCUGGCACCUGGCAACCCUGGCCCUCAUACCACUGUCCCUGCCCCCACAACCCGUCUUCACUCUCACAUCGAACAUAAUUGUCAGUACCCGGAAACCAGUGAUAUUUUCAGCAGACAUGGUGUCAUUAAAUGUUUUACAGAGAUUGAGAUAGGAUAAGAUGAAGUUCAAAGGUCAGGUCUGUUUGACUAACUUGGAACUUCAAGUCCUUUCAUGCCCUUAUCAUACUGGCACAGAUAUCCCCUCUACAGCUUCCUGUGGAACGCAGCCCAGCACAGACUCAUUGACACCAUCUAAUCAAAUUUUCCAGACUAACUCAACCUGGUGUGUCUUACGGAAAUGUGAGGAAUUUGACCACGUAAGGCAACCACAAUCAGCUCUUUGUCCAGGAACUGACCCUGAGAGCCGAAGCUGAGCUGUUGCACAUUGAAACCUAUAAAAAGGUUCUCUGUGUGAACCCAUCCCUGUCAAGCCAAGAAAGGUUUUUAGACAAGAGACACAAGACAAGAAUACAUGAUCUUACAGAAAUAAAAUAUACUGCAAUACAUUGUAAAUACACUGCACUGUGAAAAAAAGUUUUGAAUACUCAAAACUUCAAGGAAACUUGCUUCACUAAUUAUUAUUUUAUUUAUUUAUUUUUAGCUUAACUAAGAUUCUAAAAUUUUGAGUCCAAGUUAUGCCAACUAACGUUCAUCAGAAAACUUGCAUUUCAUUGUUAGAAAAACUUUACAGCCUGCAGUGAAAGUUUAAAGUUUUCUGAACAAAACAACUAUUGAGUUUUAGUUAGCAUAACAACUUUAAAUCUAAGCUAAGCAAGUUGACUUGAAAUAUUGAGUAUUCUGAACUUUUUUUGCAGUGCAUGCAGGCUUGUUGGGUAAUAUAAUGCGGUGGUAACCGCAAUAUUUGCCCAUGUAUUAUUAAAUGUUGCAUCUUUUCUGAUCUUGAUCCUAUAUUGUAUUUCUGUAUAUUACAGUACAUUCCAUUUCUGUAAGAACUGACUUUCUCAUGGUUCCACAUCUAAUAACGGAGCUAUAAAUACCAGCUCCCUUUCAUCUUUGUCCGUGGUAUGAACACUGUAUUUGGAACAACACGUUUGCAUUGCAAAUCACUGUGGAUAAGCGACUGAAGGGCAGUAAUGCAAAUUACAAUAACGUAAACACAGCAGGAGACAGACAAGAGACUUGUUUUGCAGGUUUAAAUUCUAAUGUUGACUUGGAGGUGUCUGUGAAACCAUUUUUGUGCACAUAUGAUUGCGUCAACAAUUUUGAAAUAUAUGCUGCAUAUUCGCACAAAGUUUAUGCAAAACAAAAUGUGUACAAAAUGAAUUACUAGCAUUAUGUAUUUCGCAUAUGACCACAUAUAUUCAUGUAGAGUAUCCUACUUUUUCAUAAUGGUAUGCCCAUUCACCUGCAUCAAACACAAUACCUCAUACCAUAUUAAUUGAAUGUGUGGGUAAACUGGUGCAAAAUAAGAGAUAAAAUGGAGGUUGCACAGUCAACAAUAUAUGCCGUCCAGGGCAAGGGAAAGAAUUUGAAAAACCCAUUCAAAGAUUUUAUUAACCAAUCUUUGACAGAGACCUGUAAUCACAAAUCAUUCAUGUGGAGGAAAAAAAUACAAUAUAUAUAUCCCUGUCAGUCACACAUGAAAAUGGUUCCAUGUGUAGAAAUAGCAUUAAUUGCACUCUAAGUGGACUCUAGAGAGGUUAAUAUUUAUGUGGAACAAGGGCAAGUCCUUAAACAUCUCUUCAACACACACACACUAGGCCAGGGGCAAAAGGAUAAACAGUCUGCUGACUGUUUUGCCAUGUAGUUCCAGUUCUAAGUAGCGCAAGUGUUGUUUAUGACUACUUCCAAGAGCCAAUGAUUUGAUUGCACUGCAUAUGAAGGCCACAGUUCAACACCCUUCCAAACAAACCUUAACACUAUGACUACCCCACCUCCAACCACCCCCUCCCCACCCCACCCAUCCACAAACAAGAAAAACAGAGGAGAGAUGUUUGCAGUGGCCAAAAACCGUUUUUCCAGUUCCUAGCUUCUGUGUUUGUGUUGUUAUUAGUCACUUUAUAAUCAUACAUUCCUGACAAGCAGUAGCAGUAAGA